AUGAACAAGAACGGAUCUCUCUAUGUUGUUAACAAUGGAAAUGUUGAAGCGAGACGAUAUCCAAGAGGAGAAUCUCAAGGAACAGUGGUUGCAGGUGGUAACGGACGUGGAAAUCAUCGUGUGAUGAAAUGGAUGGAAGGUGAAAGACAAGGCAUUGCCAUGACUGGUGGCCAAGAACAAGGAAAUGGUCUUACACAAUUGUCAUAUCGUGAAGGAGUCGUUGUCGAUCAACUGGGCACUGUGUAUGUAGCUGACUCAAUGAAUCAUCGAAUUGUGCGUUGGCCAAAAGGAGCCACACAGGGAAGUGUCAUUGUUGGUGGAAAGGUUGAAGGAGGAGAAUCGAAUCAACUCUACGCGUCAGUCGGUUAA